UAAAGUCCACCUGAUAUGAGGUGUAGCCAGCAGGUCUCAGACAUUCAUUCGGAGGUUGUUAAGGCCACGUACUACCCAGAGAUGGCGAUAGUUUUGGGGGCUUACACGUUGGGGCUGCUGGGGAUGAGCCUCUUCGUUUCAAUGCUGACCUACGCCACCUACCAGCUACUCAGCAGUUAUCUGUAUAAAUGGAGGGAGAUGAAGCCCAUACCAGAGAUUGAAGGCACAUACCCCCUCAUAGGGAACGCACUGCAGUUCAAAUCCAACGCCGGAGAUUUCUUCCGUCAAGUCAUUGGCUACACAGAGCAGUUCAGGGACUCCCCACUGUUGAAGAUUUGGAUCGGACCCGUACCCUCCCUCCUUCUGUUCCAUGCAGAAACCAUUGAGACGGUUCUUAACAACCCUGUUCAUAUGGACAAGGCCUAUGCUUACAAGUUCCUGCACCCUUGGCUCGGCACUGGUCUACUAACCAGCACGGGGGACAAGUGGCGGCGGCGGCGGAAGUUGCUCACCCCCACCUUCCACUUCUCCAUCCUGACGGAGUUCCUGGAGGUGAUGAACGAGCAGGCCGAGGUGCUGGUGGAGAAGCUGGACAAGGAGGCAGGCAAGGGCCCCUUCAACUGCUUCAACCACGUCACCCUCUGUGCCCUCGACAUCAUCUGUGAGACUGCAAUGGGGAAGAAAAUCUACGCUCAGAGUAACUAUGACUCAGAGUAUGUCCGAUGUGUGUACAAGAUGAGUGACAUCAUCACACGGCGACAGAGGAUGCCGUGGUUCUGGCCCGACUUGUUUUACAACUACUUUGGCGAGGGCUGGGAGCACAACAGGAGCCUCAAGGUCCUCCACUCCUUCACCUCCAAUGUCAUCUACGAGAGGGCGGAAUACAUCGCCUACAUCGAGUCGGACAGCGAAUCGGACCAGGGAAUGAGGAAGAGGCGGGCCUUCCUGGACAUGCUGCUGAAGACCACGGACGAGGAGGGCAACAAGCUCACCCACCAGGACAUCCAGGAGGAAGUGGACACCUUCAUGUUCAGGGGUCAUGACACUACAGCCGCAGCCAUGAAUUGGGCCAUUCACCUGCUGGGCUCCCAUCCAGAGGUUCAGAGGAAGGUUCAACAAGAGCUUCAGGAGGUGUUCGGUGUGUCCGACCGGCCAAUAAACACAGAGGACCUGAAGAAGCUGCGCUACCUGGAGUGUGUCAUCAAAGAGUCCCUUCGCCUGUUCCCCUCCGUCCCCUUCUUCGCCCGCAGCAUCUGUGAAGACUGCCACAUCAAUGGUUUCAAGGUUCCCAAAGGUGCCAAUGCCAUCAUCAUGCCCUACUCCCUUCACCGCGACCCGCGCCACUUCCCCCAGCCUGAAGAGUUCCGCCCGGAACGCUUCAUGCCUGAAAACUGCAUUGGGAGACAUCCUUAUGCCUUCAUCCCCUUCUCUGCUGGACUCCGCAAUUGCAUCGGUCAGCGAUUUGCCAUGAUGGAGGAGAAGGUGAUCCUGGCGUCCAUCUUGCGCUACUUCAACGUGGAGGCGUGUCAGAAGCGCGAGGACCUCCGUCCACUAGGGGAGCUCAUUCUUCGCCCCGAGAAAGGCAUCUGGAUCAAACUUGAGAAGAGGAAGCAGCAGCACUAGAUCAUCUAGGGAACUGUUUGAAUACUUUAAAAGAGACCAUUUCUUCCUCCCUCUGGAGUAACCGCUGAUCUAACACUAAUUGAUAGGUAUAAGUAAAUAGUUAUAGCACAAUACUGUAGUAGUUAUAGCACAAUACUGUAGGUUUCUACUAUCCAGGCAGGAAGGAAGGAAACAUUCUUAAAGUAUUUCAACAGGGCCGAAUAAAACCCUUAACCCAUAGGCUUA